ACAAAUUCUCCCCCGUUCAGGUGGGAGGAGCGUCUGUACCGGGACGCCACACGACGCAGGAGCAGCGGCGGCAGCAGCAGCAGAAGCAUCAGCCCCGUCCAAACCCUCGAGGUCCACCUCUGCCAGGCAGACCGUCCCCACACCUGUAAGGUCACUUCCAAUAGCACGCCGCGCGGAAAACGCACAACCAGACGGAGAAACAGACAAAUAUGAUCGAAACCACUUGAGGGCAGAGCAUCGGAACGACAAAGGGAAAAAAACUGAUAAAAAAUGAUGAUGCAUCUGAUCUGGGUGGUCUUCAUUCUUAGUGUGGCAGGCAUGGUAAAAGGCUGGGAAUGCAGCGCAGGGUGCAGUCCAGAAAAUGGGUUUUGUGAGAGGCAGGGGAAGUGCAGGUGCAAACCUGGGUGGGAAGGAGAGAACUGUGACCGGUGCAUUCCCUUCCCUGGAUGUCUGCACGGCUCAUGUGAAAAGGCAUGGCAGUGUAUCUGCAAAGAGGGCUGGGUGGGCAGCCUGUGUGACCAAGAUACCCGCCUGUGCUCAUCCAGGCCGUGUUCCAGCAACGCCACCUGCGUAGAGACGGGAGAGGGAGGAUACAUGUGUAUCUGUCCUCAAGGCUUUGCUGGAAAAGACUGCCAUUUGAAGAAGCAACUCUGCCUGGAGAAUGGCUCCCCUUGUCAGAAUGGAGGCACAUGUGUGGACGCUAGUGGCUCAGCCGCAUCCCCUUUCUGUUCCUGUCCCUCUGGGUUUUCCGGAGACUUCUGUGAGAUCGGUGUUGACAGCUGCCAGCCUAACCCCUGCCUCAACUAUGGCAAUUGUACAAACCACGGCCUCACGUUCACGUGUGUCUGUCCACCGGGCUUCUCGGGUUUCACCUGCAACGACAGCACCAGCAGCUCCUCCUGUGCUGGCAGGCCCUGUUCCAACAGCGGGACAUGUGUCCGUCAGCUUGAUGGAACGUUCCAGUGUGUCUGCCAGAAAGGGUUUGCGGGUCCAACUUGUUCUCUGCGUCACAGACCAAAGAGCAGAAACAAACUGCUUGGUGCUAGACCGGUGGAGCACCACAUGCUCGCCCUAGCCCCCCAACACUACUCUCUGCCCGCCCACGCCUUUCACAAGCUGCUUAAACCUCCCGAUAGAGACCUGCUGAAGAUCACCCUGAAGGAGACUGUCCACUCCUCUGGCGUUCUUGUCACUCACGGUCAGCUCAUCUGCUUCGGCAUGCUGGCCUUGCUCACCUGCCUGGUUAUUCUAGGCACGACGGGAAUAGUUUUAUUUGGCCGCUGCGAGACGUGGCUGGCCAAUGCCAAGUACAGCCAGCUUGUUCGACAGCAACGGGAACACCUGCUGAGAGAAGUCGGAAGCCCGAGCCAAGAAGAGCCGGAGCACUCGGUAAACAUCAUCCUGCCAGAGAAGAUUAGACUCUCCAGCUUUGGGAGACACUACACCUCAAUCUGAUUUAAACUUCCACUCCGAAAAUCUCAGAAUAAAAGUUCCCCCAUUCCAACAGAGGGAGACCCUGAAAACAGACAAUCACUGAUUCUGCAUAUAAUAUUUCAGUGACUUGGUUACAAAUAAUCAUUAAAAAUGUACAGAAGCUGAAACGAUCUCAUUGCCUGACAUUUUCUUAAGUGAUCAACUCUCCUGGUGUUUGAAAGCCCAACGAAUGGAUUGUGAAACGGCUUCUCUCUAUUGAUGAAAUGUGAUUUGAGCUACAAGAAGUCAAUUGAUGGAAAAAUCAAACUAAGAACCUGUUUAUCAGUUGAUAAACUGUCAGCUGUGGACAAUCUCGUGCAAUUUCUUACUGUGUAAAUGUGUAUGAUCGUGCAGCCUGCAUUAGAGACCGAGGAGGACCCCAGCUGACCCACAAACCAAGAUUUUAAAUACUGAUAUAAUGGUUACAAUAUUAUUGCUCCAACUUGCAUUGUACAUGUUACAUUUACUAAAUGUUACUACAUAUUUGUUAAAUGUUAUACAUUUGAUAUAUAUUUACUGAAUUCUUCUAAUUCCUGCACAGAAGUGAAUCAUUUUUAGAUGUUUAUUUUCAUAUUGUUACUGUGUUUUGUCCUCGUAUUUUUACAUUGAACGAUGAGUUGAGUUUGACAUAAAGGUGACUUGUUGAGGGGCUGGAA